AUGAAUGUGUUGUGCUUCGCUGCUCUCAUCGCCGUGGUCGUCGCCCAUGGCCACGCGCCCGCCUACUCCUCCCAACACAUCUCCAAACAUGAUGGCAAGCCUGAGGUCGUUAAAGUGGGACACGAUGGUCACGCAGUUGAUUAUUACACUCAUCCUAAGUACGAAUUCGAAUACAAAGUAGAAGACCAUCACACCGGCGAUAUCAAAUCCCAACACGAGACCCGUGAUGGUGAUGUUGUCAAGGGAUACUACAGCCUGGUCCAGCCUGACGGAUCCGAGAGGAACGUACAUUAUGAGGCUGACAAACAUACUGGUUUCCACGCUGAUGUGAAAUUCGGCACCCACCACAUCGUCUUGUGCUUGGUCAUCCUUGCUGUGGUUUCCUUCGCUGAUUAUGGAUAUGGACACGGACAUGCAUAUUCGUCUCAACAUAUUUCUCGACACGACGGACAUCCGGAAAUUGUGCAUCUCCACGGACACCACGGACAUAAUCAUAUUGAUUACCAUACUCAUCCCAAAUACACCUUCGAAUACAAAGUGCACGACGACCACACGGGCGACAUCAAGUCGCAGCACGAAUCGCGCGACGGUGAUGUUGUGAAGGGCUACUACUCGCUGCACCAACCCGACGGUUCCGUACGGGCUGUGCACUACCACGGCGACCAUCAUACUGGAUUCCACGCCGAUGUGAAAUACGAUACGCAUCACAUUAUCCCGAAGAAACACUAUUAUUAA